AUGUCCUCAGCCUGCGGGCACGUUAUUUCGAUCCCAUACACCUUCGAUGGCCUUGCCCUCCUUGCAGAACUCUCAACAUGGAAGAAGAUCGCGGACAAGAUCACAACGAUCAGAUUCAGGGUUGAUCCGCCAAACGUCUUCGGCUUGUCAGUUUGCGACAAACCCGCAUACUGGACGGAACGUGAGGAGUGGGCGGAAAAGACCCUGGACGAAUGUGCUGAACUGCUUUUCAAGGAGUGCGAGGAAUACCAGCAGAAGCUAUCUGAGCUUGAGAGCAUGAUGGCUGCCGAUGACGACAUCCGGAUGCUUACGGUUGCGCUUGGAAACCUUCGCAAUCUUACAGCUAUCGACAAUGAGAAUGUGAUGUCAUACGAGGGAAUGGUCUACGACAAGUUUCAGCAUGUCCCUUACCAAGAGAUCAUAGCGACGGGGGACGCCGACUUCAACCACUUCGAGCGUGUACCCACUCCGUAUAGGAUCCUUGGUCGCCCUCUCGAGAAGGCCCAGACCACAGCCAUGUCGAGACUCACAUGGUCCUUAGGGAAGGCGAUCCAUGCCAGCGAGGCUAAACCUACGACACUGAAAUGGGCUAAAGCAGACUUAUGGGCAGAUACCGCCGGAGCAGCGGCCUUGUGGAGCGUUCAACCACUGGCGUCUGCCGCAACGCUAACGACCCUCGUUCUCCAUUUGUCGAGUGAGUCAGUGAGCAGCGCUCCAGACGACUGGAACAUUGCUCAGAGCGGUGACAACCUGGCGUCGGCUCUGUGCUCCAUGCCACUGCUGGAGACGCUGGUACUGCAAGGUUCACUUACGGGUGCCUUCCAUACGAACACCCUCGGACCAAUUCUCCGGAAGCUGAAGGCCUCGCAUCUUCGUCACCUCGUCCUUCAUGCGCUUCCAAUUGAGAAGGCGGCGGAUAUGGUCCAUUUUGUCCUCACCCACAAGGAGACUCUGGAGUCUGUCGGCCUAAUCCAACUGUGCCUCAUAACGGACAAGUACCUGGGUGGGCUUCGCUGGAAAGAGAUCUUCAACACGUUACGCCAAGUGCGCAAUCUUCACGAAAUUGACUUCAAGCAGCUGUUUGAGUUAGAUGAAGCAGGAUGGUAUAUGAUUCAGUUCUAUGCUGACAUUAGGAAGGUGGUUAAUGUGGCCCCGUCCAGCGUUGGAGGGGACAACCGUUAUGCGGUCGGCUCAGACAGCUUCAACGUCGAACGCUCCAAUCUACCUACGGGCUCUUCCCUCAGCGCGGCUUUGGAGAGCAUGAAUGAUAACAGCCGUCUUGUCCGCUUCGAAUACACGGAUCUGGUUGGCGGAGAUGAUCCUCUCUGGGCUAGGAUCCGGGGUGGCUUGUUUCCGACGGCAAUUAGGGAGACCGCCGAGCAGCAUUUCGGUUGA